CUGCCUGCCUGCCUCCCCUCCCGCUCGGCUGCCACUCACGCCGAAGCCCCGGCCGCCGCCGCUGCUGCUGCUGCUGCCAGGACUGGCUCUGGAUCACCUGCCCGGCAGCGGCAGCGGCGGAGAAGGGGCUUCCCGCCGGUGGUACCAGCCCGGGCGCCUUCCUCUUCUUCUUCUUCUUCCUCCUCCUCCUCCUCCUCGGCCGCCUGCGCCCCCAGCUGCGGGUAUAUGGAGAGGAGCUCGCUGCGGCAGCUCAUCCAAGAGCAGCUUGAUCCCAAAAACACCGGUUUUGUCGGGGUGGAGACCUUCGCCAGCCUGGUACACAGCCAUGAGCUGCCUCUGGAUCCUGCCAAGCUGGAGAUGCUGGUGGCCUUGGCACAGAGCAACAAUGAGGGUCAGAUCUGUUAUCAGGAGCUGGUAGAUCUGGUCAGUGGCAUCAGCAGCAAACGUUCCAGCAGUUUCAAGCGGGCCAUUGCCAACGGACAGAGGGCUCUUCCUCAAGAUGGUCUCCUGGAUGAGACCGGCCUGGGCUUCUACAAACGCUUUGUGCGCUACGUGGCCUAUGAGAUCCUCCCGUGUGAGAUGCACCGACGGUGGUACUUCUACCAGCACCGUGCCUGUCCUCCACCAGUCUUCAUGGCCGUGGUCACACUCACCCAGAUCAUAGUUUUCCUUUGCUACGGAGCACGGCUGAACAAGUGGGUGUUACAAACCUAUCAUCCAGAGUACAUGAAAAGCCCUUUGGUGUACCAUCCUGGACAUCGCGCCCGGGCCUGGAGGUUUCUCACAUACAUGUUCAUGCAUGUAGGGUUAGAACAGCUGGGGUUCAACGCGCUCCUGCAGCUGAUGAUUGGGGUGCCCCUGGAGAUGGUCCAUGGCGUCCUUCGCAUCAGCUUCCUCUACCUCGCAGGAGUCCUGGCAGGUUCGCUGACCGUCUCCAUCACCGACAUGAGAGCGCCUCUGGUUGGGGGCUCGGGGGGUGUCUACGCCCUUUGCUCGGCUCACCUGGCCAACGUUGUCAUGAAUUGGGCUGGAAUGCGUUGUCCGUAUAAAUUGCUCCGUAUGGUGCUGGCCCUGGUUUGCAUGAGUUCCGAAGUGGGCCGUGCCGUCUGGCUGCGUUUCUCCCCGCCAUUGCCCUCCGCCGGCCCUCAGCCCAGUUUCAUGGCCCACUUGGCCGGGGCCAUUGUGGGCGUCAGCAUGGGGCUGACCAUCCUUCGCAGCUACGAGGAAAACCUGCAGGAUCAGUGUGGCUGGUGGGUGAUGCUGCUCUCCUACGCCACCUUCCUGGUUUUUGCCAUCUUCUGGAACAUCUUCGCCUACGACCUUCUGGGCACGCAGAUUCCGCUGCCCCCGUAGCCCUCGGCCCAGCCCUGGUUCUCGUGACAUCUGCUAACCCUGCAAGUGCCCAAACUUGCAGGGGUCCAAAACCGGGUGGGAGAAAAGGGGCUGGGCUGAUACCCUUCAGCGGGGCCAUCCGGAGCGUCCGUCGCUCGCCUGGCACGGCAGAGCGCUGAUCCCAUCGGAUGCUGAAGGGCAAAGCCAGGCUAGAGGCCUGUAAAGGCAGGAUGGCCGGGAGGCGUGGGGGGGGGGGAAGCCAGCUUGGCUUGGCGUCCUCCGUGCCCUUGACCAGACCUGCAGAACGGGCGCUUGUCUCCCUGAAAAGAAACAAAAAUCCUUCGUAGUGUGCACUGGGUUACUCUUUUCAAGGCAUGAGGAUCUAUAGGGUUUUAAGGGGGAGGAGGGAGGUUACUUGCCCCUUCAUCCUGGCCAUUUGAGGGAAGGAGACUUUCCCAGCCAAGCCCAGGCUGAGUCUAGCCUUGGGGACCCACUUCUGUCGCGAAGCUAUACGAGAUACCCUCAGCCAAUUCCCUGGGCUGUUAUUGGACUGAAUUGUUUGCUUUGCUUUCUCCUCUCCUUCCCAUUCUCCUUGUCUCUUCUUCUCCUCCUUCUUCUACUUCCCAUUCUUCUUCUCCUUCUCCUCCUUCUCCUUCUCCUCCUCCUCCU